AUGUAUUUAUUUAUUUCGUCGUAUCCACUGCUGUUCGCUGAGUUGAUGGAAGAAGGUUGGAGUAUAGAGGAACUUAAGAAGUUAGCAGGUCUGAACCUCCUUCGUGUGAUGGGAGCUGCGGAGAAGGUAGCGCGCGAGCUCGCGGCUGCCCGCGUCGCGCCGUAUGAAGACGUGGCGCCUAAACCUUUUGACGCGCACAACUGUUCUAGCCAAGAUCUUAACUCUAUCCUAUCUAAAACCAUUAUUCACUUCAAAAAUUAA